AUGGGCCAACGCCAGUCCUCGGGCAACGCUGCCCAGGAGCCAGCCCCAGCCAAAGCUGACUAUUACGACCUCCUCGGCGUCGAAAGAGCUGCCACCGACGAUGAAAUCAAGAAAGCAUACCGGCGAAAGGCCCUCGAGUUACACCCCGACCGCAACUAUGGCAAUGUCGAAGAGACCACGAGACUGUUCGCCGAGAUCCAGUCUGCCUACGAAGUCCUCUCCGACCCCCAAGAGCGAGCCUGGUAUGACUCUCACCGAGAUAUCCUGCUGCGCGGAGACCAGGGGGCGGGCCCGACGCCGGACGAGUUCUUCUACAACAUUCGCAUGACAACCACCGAGGACGUGCUGAAAUUGAUGAUGAAGUUUCAUGGCCGAUGGGAAUAUAGCGAUGCUCCCAGUGGCUUCUAUGGCGGACUCAAUGACUUCUUCAAGCAGCUGGCGAAAGAGGAAGACAUUGCCUGUCAAUGGGAAGGUGAAGAAUCACCGGACUAUCCCGAGUUUGGAUUGAAGGAUGACGAUUAUGAGGACGUGGUUCGGCCAUUCUACGCCGCGUGGAACGGAUUUGCUACCAAGAAGAGCUAUUCCUGGAAAGACCAAUACCGGUUAUCGGAAGCGCCAGACAGACGGAUAAGACGCUUGAUGGAGAAGGAAAACAAAAAGAUCCGGGACGAGGCUGUUCAAGAAUACAACGAAGCAGUACGCUCUCUGGUUGCGUUCGUCCGAAAACGAGACCCUCGCGUGCAAAACAACCAAAAGUCGGAAGCUGAACGGCAGAAAGCCCUACGAGAGGCCACUGCGGCGCAAGCGGCACGAUCACGGGCAGCACAACAAGCCAAGUUUGAGUCUUCUGGCGCCGAGGCGAUCGCUGAAUGGGCCAAGUCAAGGUCAAAGGACGAAUAUGAAGGGGCCUUCUCCAGCGAGUCUGAGUUGGAGGAACACGAGUACGACUGUGUGGUCUGCGACAAGACUUUCAAAAGCGAGGCACAAUUCAAGGCCCAUGAGAAGAGUAAAAAGCAUAUCAAGUUGUUAAAACAACUGAAAAAGGAGAUGCGUGCGGAGGGUUUGGAGUUGAAUCUAGAGAACGGUCACACGGCACGAGACCACGACGAUAUGGCUGCUGUUGGAGACGAAGCUCACGACGAAGAGACUCGUUCUACACCGGACAAACCCCAUCUUUCCACGGCUGAAGACGAGUCUGACGACGCAAAGAUCCAACCGCAGAAAAAUGGCACUGCUGAAGUAGGAGACGAUCAAGAUCCAUCCGAGGCCUCGGAGGACGAUGACUAUGCUCCCAGAUCUGAAGUGGAGAGACGACUGGGAGACGAGCCUAUCGAGACAGUCUCGGCAGCUUUUGACGAUGUCAGCCUCUCUGGGACUCCUUUGACGUCCGACCCCGAAGCAGCAGCACAGCCCAAGAUUGGCAAAGCGAAGCAGAAAAGAGCACGGAGAGCUGCGCAGAAGGUGGCCGAGCAAACCGACAAGGCUGCAGCAGAGUUUCAGUGUGUCGUGUGCAAGGCCGAGUUUCCGUCCAAAACGCGACUGUUCAAUCACAUCAAGGAAAAAAACCAUGCCGCCCUCGUGUCCCAGGUCAAGGGCAGCACCAAGGGCGGCAAGGGGAAGAAGAGAUGA